AUGUCUCUGCAGCCCCUCACUCCCGUGAACUGCGCCAGCCUCAUCCAACCGGGCUGCACGCUGCUCCAGCUGGACGGGGAUGUCCUGCUCUUCGGCCAGAAGGGCUGGCCCAAGCGCUCGUGUCCCACGGGGGUGUUCGCGGUGCGUCGGACGCAAGGCAAGCUCAAGCUGAGGGCCAUCUCCUUCUCCAACGACUCCUGCUACAUCCCGCCGCUCCGCUGCCCCGCCGUGGCCCGCAUGGACCCCCGCGACGGCUUCCCCGAGGGCUACCUCAUCCACGGGGGUCGCAACCCCAACAACGACAUCUCGGCCAGCAUGUACCUGCUGACGGUGGACAGCAGGGGGUGCAACCGCAAGCUGACGCUGCGCUGCCGGGAGCAGGAGCUGGCGGGGGAGCUCCCGGGGGCGCGCUACGGCCACAGCCUCAGCGUGGUGCGGAGCCACGGGAAGACGGCGUGCGUCCUGUUUGGGGGGCGGGCCUACAGGCCGGCGGGGGAGCGGACCACGGAGUGCUGGAACAGUGUGGUGGACUGCCCGCCCCAGGUGUUCCUGGUGGACCGGGAGUUCGGCUGCUCCUCGGCACACACCCUGCCGGAGCUCGGCGACGGCCAGUCCUUCCACGUGGCACUCGCCCGCGAGGACUCGGUCUACUUCCUGGGCGGCCACUCCACCUCCUCCGACGCCCGGCCCCCCCGCCUCGUCCGCCUGCGGGUGGAGCUGCUGCAGGGCGCUCCGGCGCUGUCCUGCGAGACCCUGGACACGGGCUGGUCCUCCACCAGCGCCGUGGUGCUCCGCCCCGGCCCCGCCCACAGGUACAUCAUCCUGGGGGGCUACGGCGCCGACUCGCAGAAGAGGAUGGAGUGCAGCGCGGCGGUGCUGGACGACGACGGGAUCCGCUUCGAGGCGGUAGACGCCCCCGCCUGGACGGCGGACAUCGCCCACAGCCGCACCUGGUUCGGGGGGGCCGCGGGCGGGGGCAGCGCCCUGAUCGGCGUCCCGUCCGAGGGGAAGGCCACCCAGCAGGACGCGCAUCGCUUCUACGAGGUGGGCUUCCGGUCGGAGGAGGAGGGCGAGGAAGAGGAGACGGGGGGCGGGGCUCUGGGCUGCAGCCAGGGGUCCACCGACCUGGAGGAGUCGCCCCCCCUGGAGGACUCGGAGGAGCUGUACUUCGGGAGGGAGCCCCACGAGCUGGAGGACAGCAGCGACGGGGAGCAGGACACCUACAACGAGGACGACGAGGAGGACGAGUCCCAGGCCGGCUACUGGAGCCAGUGCUGCACGGGCUGCCAGCUGGACCCCGACACCUGGGAGCCGUACUACUCCACCGAGCUCCACCGGCCCGCCAUGAUCUUCUGCUCCCGGGGGCCGGAGGACGGCCACUGGGUCCACGCGCACUGCAUGGAGCUGACCGAGAGCCUGCUGCUGCAGCUGUCCUGGGGGAGCACCAAGUACUUCUGUCUGGACCACGGGGGUCUGCCGCGGCAGGAGAUGACCCCGCCCCGGAAGGUGCUGCCGAUAAAGCACAGCCCCUUGAAGAGCAGCCAGAAGAAGAAGACCCCCAUGCUGAAGAUGAGCCCGGCCAAGAAGAGCUUCCUCCGGAGGCUGUUCCAGUGA